AUGUCGCUAUACGGAGGCAUCAAGUUCACCACUGCCGAACUCGAAGCGGCGGCGCUGAAAGAUGCUCAAGCGGAAAAGCCAAAGGCCAGCGCUGGUCUAUCAGUCUCAAACCCAAAGCCGCUUGUCAAAGCUGCAAAGCCUUCCGCAGCGAUCCUAGCCUUCGCGCCAAGAGUCAAGCAGGCAAAGCCGUCUCAACCGACUAGGCCCCUCGGGAACUAUACGGCUGCUCCUGUAAUCGAGAAGAAGCCGGACCUCGUUCGCUCAACAUCGAGUGGUGAGGCAUCGCCGGCCGCCUAUGGGGGGAUCGAGGUUUCUAGCAAGUCCAAGGCGGAGAUUGAGGAAGUAGUAGCGCUGGGACAGGAUGGAAGGCCGUUAGCCCGGGCGCCGGCUAUGACUCUCGGGAUCGCAGGAGGCGAAGGGAAAGACAGGGGCAUGAAGCGCGACCGGGAAGAGGAGAAGCGUCGGAAGAAGAAGAACAAGAAGAAGAAACAGCAGCAACAGCAGUACAUGUCCAACUUUGCCCCAGAUGAGCUGUACGACCCGAAUCGACCCAACGAUCUCGGCGAGUAUCAGGCGUACCGGAAGCGCUUGCGCGCAGAACGCAAGGCACAGCUGGUGGCGGAUAAGCUCCGAAAGGAUAGAGGGGGAAGUAGUGGCGAGAGCAGCUAUUACUCGGAGAGCGAGGAGGAGGCGCCAAGGAGAGACGCCCCAAAGAUGUUCGCUCCGCCGAGAUUAUACACACCUCCUGCGUCUAUCGCUCCUCGGAUGCCGCGGCCUGAGCAUCGCCCACCAUCCCCGCCGUCUUCAUCGUUUACCCCACCUCCUCCGCCUUCCAGCUCGGCCCCGCCUCCGCCUGCUGACGAUCCAUGGGCCAGACGAGCAGCGAUGACCCAGAAUCUGGCUCGCGAACCAUCCUCACAGAACCCAUACCUUCCAGCGGCUGCUCCACCUCUGCCAAUAUCGAUGGGCUACCCACCAGCUAUCCCAGGCUUCGCUCCCACCCUGCCCAACUUUGCUCCUCCGAAUCCUCCAGCGACGUUCGUACCGCCACCCUUGUCGGAUAUACCGGGCUUCGGAAGGUAUUUACCCCCUGCACCACCUCCGACCGCUGGUGCCCCAGCGCCGCCUCCAGAUGCGGUCUCUAAUAGCGGAGACGCGGCUAGCGCCGCUGCAGCCAAGUCCCUGGAAGAGCGCAAGGCGGCUGCGGCGGCUAUUGCAGCCAAGUUUGCAGCGCUAGCGGGUGUAGCGGCCGGAAGUGGGGGACCCGCGAUGUCUGGGGGUGCGCCGGCGUUCGUUCCUGCCAGACCGGCUGUUCCAAGGGAAGACGAGACGGGCACGUUCGCCGAGAAGAUGAUGAAGCGCUGGGGCCACGUCGAAGGCACCGGUAUCGGCGCGCGUCAAGACGGGAUCGUCCACGCCCUCUCCGCAGAGCACGCCGGUCCCUCCGUCGACCUCUCCACCCUAUCCAAGCGCGCCCAAGCGAAAGCCAAAGCUGCAGCAGCGAACGCCAAAAAACGAAAAUGGGUCCAAGCACCCAACGCCCGCGGAAAGAUCGUCAAUGCGAACGAAGAUCUGCGGGCUGCGGAAGAACGGGAUCGGCUCGGCGAGGCCAGUCGAGUUGUAUGCCUGACGGGACUGGUGGAGGGGGAAGAAGAGGUGGAUGAGGAGUUGAGCGAGGAGGUAGGGGAAGAGUGUAGUAAAUGGGGGAUUGUGGAGAGGGUGGUGCUGCAUAUGGUGGAGCCGCCGCCGGCGGAUCCGAAAGAGUGUUUGAGGGUGUUUGUGGUAUUCUCGGGGUUGGCGGGGGCUUGGAGGGCGACUAGGGAGCUGGAUGGGAGGUUCUUUGGGGGCAGGAAGAUCGGUGUCAAGUACUUUGACGAGGCCAAAUUCAACGCUGGGGAUCGGGAUGGCGCCAUCUCGUAG